AUGCCUACUGGAGAGGCCGAUCCACCUGAUAGCGCGAGAAACGGCCUCUCCGUGCUGCGCGUUUUACCACGCCUUAGCGAGAACUACGCCGUGCCCAUCGCACAACCGCCUCGUGAACCGUCACCAGAAUGUCUGGUAGGAACGGUUUAUCCGUUCGAGCCGCUAGACUCGAACACGGCGUGGGAGCCACACCCUGACAUAGAGUUAGUUCCCGGAGGUGGCGAGGGCUCGUCAAAGCCGCCUACUGCUUCUCCUACGACUGUCAGCACCGCGCCCGGGAAGCGAUCGCGUCUGGGAGCGACGUACAAGCAGCAGACGCUCUGGGGCGCCCCUCCUCCCCGAAACGCGGCGUCACACAAACGCCAUGCUCCUUCGGUCGAUCCGAAGCCACCCACCGCGCUCGCGGAUGCUGAGUACGAAUUUGUGAAGAAGACAUUUGAGGCUCAGUGGACAGGUAGCUUCAAAUGGUUGCGUUUGCUACGCAUGUCUAACGGCCGUCCUUUUUUGAAGUGUGCCAUUUGUGUGAAGCACGGAGAUCCACUAGCGCACACCGCGUAUGGGGCGAAGGGUGAGGGUGCUCGGGACCUCCAGAUAGGCAGCAUCCGCACACACUCAUCGACCCGUGCACACAAGCUGGCGGUGGAGAAUCAAGAGAAAUCGGAGGCGGAGAAGGCCAAGCAGGCCACACUCACUCGGUGGCAGGUCACGGAUGCUUCUACCCGACACCUCAUCCGUCUCCUCCACAUCGCGCUCUUUGUAUGCAAGGCGGACGCACCCAUCGCGAUGUUCGUCCCGCUGUGCUGGUUUAUGGCGAAGGAGGGGUUACCAGACCUCCCUCCCUCCGGCGGCUACGGCGCGUACUACACCGAUUUCGGCAGCGGGGACAAGAUGCAGCUGCCAGAAUUCAUUCAGAGGCACCAGGCGACAGAUAAGCGCGAGAUGAAGGCGGAGGGCGUAGACGCGGAUGGGAAUCCCAUCUCCUUUAAAUUCACGCUGCACGAGCGGCCACUCCCAGGACAUGAAACGGAUGGCGAUGUCACGGCGUGCGUCGAGCUGUCGAUCAAGUAUGUGCGCGCCAUUGACGCCGAGCUGGAGUGGCGGAUGAGCGACCUGCAGCUGCUGGAAGGUACGAAGCUGUUUCGCACAGCUUCGUACGUGGCCGACGACACGAAGUGCGUGGAAACAUUCAAGAGGUGGCUCGGGCAGCUGCACAAGUUGUACCACCACAAGUUGCCAGAGACCCAGUUUGUAGAAGAUGUAGGCAGUGGGGGUGGCACUGAGUAG